CCUUAUAGCCUAACAUGUUCGUGGGGGCACGAAGGAAAUAUUCUCUUAUAAUCCCUUAGACACAAACUAUAAAAGGACCAAAUUUAUAUGUCAAUUUCAUCAUAGCAAAAUUGUCUUGAAGUGUAACGUUCCAUUCCUUAGGAAAGAUCUAACUGAAGAGAAACAAAAAACAAUGGCAUUUUUCAACUACAAAUGGAGCUUGAUUUUCUUCAUCAUUGGAUCAAUGGCACUUUUUCACCAAGCAAAUAUGGUUGCAGCCUACUAUUCCACCCCUAGCCCUGCUAAGUUUAAAGCCAUGCCUUGGAAGCUUGCUUAUGCCACGUUUUACGGAGACGAGUCUGCUUCUGAAACAAUGGGUGGAGCUUGUGGAUAUGGGAACUUGUUCAAUUCAGGUUAUGGAACAGCAACAGCAGCAUUGAGCACUGUGUUAUUUAGCAAUGGAUAUUCAUGUGGGCAAUGUUUCCAAAUAAUGUGUGUGAAGUCAAAAUUUUGUUACAAAGGGUUCACCACUAUUACAGCCACAAACCUCUGCCCACCCAAUUGGGCCCAAGACUCGAACCAUGGUGGAUGGUGCAACCCACCACGCCAACACUUUGACAUGUCUAAACCUGCUUUCAUGAAAAUUGCUCAAUGGAAGGCUGGCAUUGUUCCUGUUUCGUAUCGCAGGGUACCUUGCAUUAAGAAGGGCGGUAUCAGGUUCGCGUUCCAAGGAAACGGUUACUGGUUGUUGGUAUACGUGAUGAACGUUGCCGGAGGGGGUGACUUGGCGAGCAUGUGGGUGAAGGGAAGCAAGACAGGGUGGAUAAGCAUGAGCCACAAUUGGGGAGCAUCAUACCAAGCAUUUGCAACUCUUUCGGGCCAAACUCUGUCUUUCAAGCUAACUUCCUACACAUCUCAUGAGACUAUUAUAGCUUACAAUGUUGCACCCUCUAAUUGGCGUGUAGGCAUGAAUUACCAAGCCAAAGUCAACUUCCGUUAGUCAUGUAAUUAUUAAGCAUCAGCUUUAGCUGAUUAGUCGGAUCAGUGAGUUUUAGAGAUUUUUUCUAAGCUUUCUGGAAGUCUCGAGUCUUAACCAAAGGCAGUAAUUUUUGCCUUCACUUUUUUUUUUUUUUUUUGUACCCUUCUACUAUGUAGGCGCCCUUGAAGGAGUGGUGCUGCGGUCUUUUUUCCUACAAAAGUCUUGCUGUGGUUUUUACAGCAAUCUUUAAGUUUAGUUUGUGAUCUUGUACCUAGUCUUUCAUUGUUGAAAG